AUGUUGUACCGGUCUUGCUACGCUGACAGGACGAAAGCCUGGUGUGUCCAGAACAAUCACCAAGUUGUCUCAAGCGUAUCAGGAGAGAGCUGGCCAAUGGAGCCCCAAGAGGUCAGGCAGCAGUUCGAGGAGUGGGCGCGCAUCGAGCGAGCGAACCAUGCCAAAGCGCAUCCGGAAUAUAAGUUCUCGCCA